CUGCGGCCCGUGCAUUCUGCCUGUUUCGUACAGACCAUCUUCAGCCUCAGGGAACGGUCUGCGGAGAGGCGUUUCCAUUGUGCAUAACUACUCUCGCCGGUAACGGGCGCUAGUAAUAAUAAUCAUGCGCAACAUUGCGUUGGAUUUGCUAGAUUCCUAAAGCUGAAGUUGGAAAGGCGACGAUCAUAAGCCAUGCUGAAGUAUAUAGGGACCGCGGCUGCAUGGGUGGCAGCUGUAAACCUUCCUGCUCCUGGCUUGAGUGGGCUACUCGACAAUCAUCGACCCCCGGGCGCGUAUCAGAAUCGUUUGUGCUGGCAAUGACGCGAAUGGGAAAAUGCGAUGUCUGUCGGCAACGCAAAGUCAAGUGUGACGAGCGGCAUCCUCAAUGCGGCCAAUGUAUGAAGAAAAAUCGUCCUUGUCAGUACGAGUACGGGAAAGUUCCCAAAUUCGUUAGCGGACAGCCGAAACUUGCAGAUGGUGCUUUUCGGAUGCCCGCCGACGAUUCUUCAGACUUUUCGGAGGACUCCUCCACUGCGGAGCAGUCAUGGAACGAAAAUGCUCGGCCGAAUGCCUUUGACGACUCGCUCCGCGCGCGAUUCAUUGAAGUGAUGGGACCGAAACCAAUGCAGUGGAAUUCCUCGUUCCUAUGGGGUACAUGGAUAGCGCUGGUACCUGCAAGACUUGGGAAGAACUCGGCGCUUGAUGCCGCAACGGCUUGCUUCAUAGCUGGGAGCAUAGCGCAUAGAAGCAAGUCUGAAGCCAAUAUCGCUGCCGCGAGGAAGCAGUAUUCAAAAGCGCUGCUAAGUCUACAGAACGUACUAACUGGCAUGGACCAAGAUUUGAGACUCUCUAGUGAAACGCUGGCUGCGGUGAAAUUCCUAUUGGUAUUUGAGACGUUCUUAGGGAUGAGAACCAACCGGUGGGUAUCGCAUAGCAGAGGAUUGACGGACUUGCUGGUCGCUCGUGGUCCAGAAGCCGACGCCGACGAUAUGAACCGGUCUCUCUUUUAUGCUUCUCUCCCACAUGAGUUUACGGAAGCGUUGCUGAACGGCGUCGACUCCGCCUUCGAUUCGCCGACCUGGAUAUACUUCCCACCGCCUGACUAUCCCACCGAAUGUCCAGCGUUUACGAUCGCAUACCAAGUAAUCAUGCAGCAGAUGGUCCGGAUACCACGACUAACUCGACUUGCGCGCGAGGUUCGCUCCGAUCCUUACAACAUAGAUCUCGGCAUGGAAGCUCUGGCACUGGCAGAGAAGCUGUACCUGAGCGACCUAGGCACGAUCGUCGACGGAGUCGUCAACAGUUAUUCGGAAUGGUUUCCGACCCUGGACGAGGGUCUAGCGAGAUACUACCCUGAUUCGAUUGAGUUCUCUAGUCUCAGCGUAUUUGAGACGUUAAUCCGCUAUUGUUUUUGCCGAAUACUGAUCCUGGGGCUCUGUAGGGUGUUGAAGGAAGUCGUACCCUUCUCGCCCAUUCUCGACUCUGCGUCGCUCGCAUAUGAGGAGCUCCGGAAUGCCUCGCUCAUAGCGACGUCGAUGCAGUACGCUGAGAAACAAAAGAAUCCUUUCCCAUUGGGCGCGCUCCUUGGUAUCCUGCCGUUACAAGUAGCGUUCGGGACUUGGUGGAGGGUGCAAAGAGGGGACAUAGACGAGAACACCGCGGAAGUGGACAGAAGUUGGGAGAAAGAGAGGGCUUCCUUCAUGAAGGAGUGGUGCCGGGAGAAGAGCAAUGGCAUGCUGAGGAUAUGGAAUGGACACGAGAAAUCGACAAGCAGGCUCGAGGUGCAGAUUGCCGCGUUAGAGGGUGGACCGCUCAUGGAAUGGAUGAAAAGAAGGAUUACUCCUCUUUGACUGGAAGGCAGCUGGUGUAGGCAUGUAUCGUGUAAUGAUUGCAGCCAAGAAAUACAAUCGACGGAGCAGCGCAACACCUACACCUUGUAGCGGAGAGCGAGAGGUGCACUGGAUCAGAUCGGGACCGAGUUGUGGGCGACGGCGAGGCUUAGGCGAAUUAUCUGCCUCUGCGACCGGCUCUGUAUCGGGGAGGCUUAAGGGUUUCGAAGAUUAAUCGGCUCUGCCAAAUUCUUUGCGCGCAGUAUCAGGCCGAAACAUGCGUAAUCCAGUG